CGCACAGAGACGCGGGGACACCGAGACGCGAGCACGCAGACGAGACGAGACGACGCCGAGACACUUGAGACACUAACGGCGACGGGACGGCACGGAAGCUUCGCGUGGUUUUCAAAUCACCUCCUCGAUACUCGUGAUCUAAUCGCCUCGUGAUACCUCGUCCACCAUCCUCUCGUCCUCCUCCUCCCUCCUCUUCAUCUUCGUCUGCACCGGCUCGGGAUAGACCAUGCUGCUGUCGAAAAAAAUCGGAACUUUAGCGCACAUGUGCUCGCCUGCCACCGUGGACUUACCCGUCAAGCUGCAGAUUAACCACAGCCGGGAGCGGGAGAGUCUGGAGAAGCUGUACCGCGUGGGCGCGGUGCUCGGCAGCGGUGGAUUUGGCACCGUCUACGAGGGGGUGCGACUCAGCGACAACCUCCCGGUCGCGAUCAAACACGUGGGCAAAGACCGGGUCACGGAGUGGGGGCAGCUGCCGAGCGGCGCGCUCGUCCCGCUGGAGGUGGUGCUCAUGAAGAAGGUGCUGCAGGCGGGCGCCUCUCCGUGCGCCGGCGUCAUCCGCCUGCUCGACUGGUUCGAGAGAGCCGACAGCUUCGUGCUCAUCAUGGAGCGGCCCGAGGCGGCGCGGGACCUCUUCGACUUCAUCACGGAGCGCGGCGCCCUGGCCGAGUCCGUGGCGAGGGGCUUCUUCCGCCAGGUGGUGGAGGCGGUGCGCCACUGCCACGCCUGCGGGGUGCUGCACCGCGACGUCAAGGACGAGAACAUCCUCGUCGACCUCAAGAGAGGGGAGCUCAAGCUCAUCGACUUCGGCUCGGGCGCCCUGCUCAAGGACACGGUCUACACCGACUUUGACGGCACGCGCGUCUACAGCCCCCCCGAGUGGAUCCGCUACCACCGCUACCACGGCCGCUCGGCCGCCGUGUGGUCCCUGGGCGUGCUGCUCUACGACAUGGUGUGCGGCGACAUCCCCUUCGAGCACGACGAGGAGAUCCUGCGCGCGCACGUGGCCUUCAGGAAGCGCGUGUCCCCCGAAUGCCAAGAGCUGAUCCGCGCGUGCCUCAACGUGCGCCCGUCCGAGCGGCCCUUGCUCGACGAGAUCCUCGCUCACCCGUGGCUCGUCGAGUCGGAGAGCGAGGGGGAGCCGGCGCUGCCGCUCGCCAAGCGCGACCAGUCCAGCACGAGCUCGAGCAAGGAGAGCCUGGAGCUGUGAGCGGGGAGCUCUCACGCAGCGGACCCCGCUGCCUCUACACUACCUCCCGCCCGCCGGCUCGCUCGCCGGUGGGCGGACGCGACCCUCCCCCCGCCACGGCCAAGGUCUUCCAAUGAACUGGCUCCGGUGGUCGGGCACACGACUCGAUUCGCCUGGGGGGCUCUCGGAGAGGGUCAGAACCCCAAAUACCUCUUUUUCCAGGCCGGCCCGGCCCGGCGCGCGUGCGGUUCGAUAGGCAACCGGCUGUUUUUCCACCUCCGCCGCGAGAAGCCGAGCCGUGCCGCUGACGUCACGCGCAGACGGACGAGCCGGAGGCGCCGCGUCCUCGGUGUUACUGAGCCGUCUGACCGACGUCGCACCCGACAAACGCACCGUUAGUCCCCCUGCCCUGCUCGGCCCCGAGACAGACCCAGAUGUCUCGCGACGGCAUGGGUCUGGCUCGGCGCCGAAAACAGUGGAACACCGCCCGUACCGUGAGGGUCCCGCACUGGCUCGGAUUGGACGUGCCAGUGACAAAGGGGGUGCACACACGAAGACGGGGCCCGCCCAGGAGUCCCUCCUUUCCAAGGAAGCUGGGAUGGGCCCCCUCCCCCCACCACUCACGCUGGGGGGAGGGGGAGGAGGGGGGGGUGGCGUGGAGGCCGUGGGCUAGCCGGGCCCACGCCUCCGCCGUCGCAGUCUGCCUUCGGACCCCCUUGCCUCGCCGGGGCUCAGCACAAGCAAUGCAACUGUGGGCGCGCGGAGAUAUAGGCGCAAUGGCGUGCGUGAAACGACGACCAACCGGUGCUGUAGGACACACCGCUACAGCCAAUCACGAGCCCUCACCAGAAUUCCUAAGUUAAUUCUCAAUCCCAAAACCUAUCUGACCCCUCAAGCCAGGGCAUGGGCAAUGGUGCCUGGAAUUGAAUGAAUGGGACUCCUGUGCUAUUUCCCCCAAUAUUCUAAGCUCGUUACCUGGGCCCCUCUGGCCCAUGGGCCCCAGUGCAAUUGCACUGCCUACACAAUCGAUAUCCACGCUACAUUAGAGACCCGUCGACUAAAGGAAGGGACACAGACUCACAUGGGGACACAGACUCACAUAACGACAAGACUCGCAUAGGAGACCAAUAGCUCACAUAGAGAAUCUUAGACUCGCAUUGACACCCAGACUAAUGUAUACCCAGUUGGCAAGGUUGGCAUAGCCCCUGGUCCAUGGGUCUAGGGUGCAGUUGCACCGCCUGCACACUGCAUCGUUCCACUCAUUUAGCACACCCCAUGAGUCCCCGAGACAAUGCUCGUGAUUGGUUGCAGCGGUGUUUACAACAAACGACAACACAGCGAUGCUUUUCACUGAAACGCCAGAAGAUGGGUCUUAUUUUGUGCACAAUAUACUGUACAGAUAUUUGUAUUUAUUUAUCGGUUCCGUAUUUUAAAAAGGAAUAGCUGUUUGCAGGCUUUGAGAUAAUUUAUUUUUUAUUUAUGAGUGACGCUGCACGAGUGGGUGUGUACAUGCAGAGGGGUCGUGGUGCCGCACGGCCCCACGCGUUCCAAGGCAGCUCGUUUUAAUUUAAGGCCUCCAGUGCGGCAUCCGUGUAAAUAUCAGAGACGAGAAAGGAAAGUUGACGUUAUUUUUUUAUCGUGGAAUUCAAAUAAUAAAGAAUUGUCCUUUUGUAA